AUGGUGUAUUGUGCUCAGGAGGUCAAUGGAAGAGAUAGUGGAGGGUUGGCUAAAGAAGGAUUAGGUGUAGUAAAGGCACUUGGAUUGUUGUUAAAGACAAGGAUAAAUUUAAAGGUAAAGAACUUGGAGAACAAAACUGCAUUGGACAUGGUAGCCAAUGUAGAUAUAAGGAAUAUAUUGUUGUCUGCUGGAGCCAAAUCGAACUCACAAAUCACCGAUGCUCCCACACUUGCACAUAAACUCAGAUCAAAUACCACCAUUAGACAUAAAGUGGUAACUUUUAUAUUUCGCGUUAGAAAUAAUAUAUCAGAGGAGGAACGUAACAGUUGGUUGAUAGCUGCGACUCUUGUUGCAACAGCCAUGUAUCAAUCAGCUCUGAGUCCCCCUGGUGGAAUUUAUCAGGUUAGUGCUUUUGAUGACAAUGAUGUGAACAAUAACAUGACUUCCUCUUGGUGGAAUUCUACUAAUAUUUCUACCAAUUCUGGGCAUUCAGUCUUGCCAGGACCAAAAUUCUCUGUGUUCUUAGUUUUUAAUAUGACUUCCUUUUUUCUAUCAAUUGUAGCAGAUAUCCCCUACCUUUAG